GAAUACAGCUCGACACAGUGUAAACACCGACAAGUUAAACUUUCGGAACGUCGCCUUCCAUUGACUGGGUUGUUAAGUUUCCCCGGGUCGGGAAACACAUGGACUCGACACCUCAUCCAACAAAUGACAGGUAUCGGAACAUCAAGCGUGUAUUGUGAUUCCAGCCUGCGAUCAAAUGGUUUUCCGUUUGAAUGCAACAGAGUUCCCGGAAAAACUAUCGUCGUCAAGGCGCAUGAGCUUAAGGACGUAUUCAAGUUCGAGAAGAUCGUUUUACUCGUGCGGAACCCUUAUGACGCGCUGCUCUCAUACGCAACGUUUUCUAAAGGAGGUCAUACGAGGAUUCCGAACAACAAAACUCUCAUUCAAGCCUCAAACAAGAUGUUUAAUCAUUCAUUAAGAUGGUUCUUCAACCUGCCUAACAGGACAUGUUCUACGUUCCACGGACUAGUCUACAUUUUACAGUAUGACCUUCUUAAAUCAGAUUUGCGCGCAGAGUUAGGAAAGCUAGCGCAGUUUCUUAAUAUAAGUGUCCCUCAAGCUGCCAUUGACUGUACCGUAUAUCUCCAAGAGGGAAAUUUUCACCGGAAUUCUAACGCCGAGGACCACUUGCGCAUGCUCAGGACUGUAUAUGACGACAAAAAACUUGAACAGCUUCGCAUAGUCGCCAGGAAAACAGAAAGCAUUCUGGAAAAACAUUUCAAUAGAAAAUUUUACAUAGGAGGUGACACGGAAAGUGCACUCUUAGGCAAAGUUAAUACUUAAUUUCAUUUUUAACGCCUAUGGCACUGCAGUUGUCCUAGUAAUACUUGAUAUAUCAGUUUUUAUUUGGAAUUUUCAGAGAGUUCAUUCAUUUUAUCUGCUUUUUUGACACUUUUUUUUUCUUCUUUUAAAUUCAGAGUAAACACACGAAGUAACUAAAUGAGCAUUGUCUUUGUGAAUAGUGACAUGAAAAUAGUGUUUUAAUGUCCCUUUGCCUUUGAUGAGAAUUUGUACAGUCUUUUUAUAGGGACUGUGAACAUUCCCGUAGAAAAGGGGUUUGCCGCCGAGAAAAGGCUGAUGACCCUGUCAAAAACGAUUGGUUGAUUUUGUCAAAGAGCCAACCUCUGCAAUGAAAGCUACCGAUAUGCUGUCAGCCUUCGAUAACAUCCGAUGGCGCCGAUCAAGUGGGAAGUCGGUAUAUCAAUAGUUUAGAGAUAACACUUCGUUGACGAGCUACAAGAAUGAUGUGGCAAAACUCCUAAAUUCAAAGGGAUUGAAAGACAACACAGCAACAAUGGCACAAAACAUUACAAAGGCUGAAUACAACUCGACACAGUGUAAACAUCGACAAGUAAAACUUUCGGAACGUCGCCUUCCAUUGACUGGGCUGCUGAGUUUCCCCGGGUCUGGAAACACAUGGACUCGGCACCUCAUCCAACAAAUGACAGGCAUAGGAACAUCAAGCGUAUACUGUGAUUCCGGCCUGCGUUCUAAAGGCUUUCCGUUUGAAUGCAACCGAGAGCUGGGGAAAACUAUUGUCGUCAAGGCGCAUGAUACCAAGGAUUUGGUGAGGUUCCAGAAAAUAAUUUUACUCGUGCGAAACCCUUAUGAUGCGCUGCUCUCAUACGCAACAUAUUCAAAAGGAGGUCAUACAAAAAUUCCGAACACCAAUACUAUCGUUCAAGCCUCAAACAAUAUGAUUAAUGACUCAUUAAGAUGGUUUAUCAGCCUGCCGUCCAAAACUUGUUCGACGUUUCGGGGACCAAUAUAUAUUUUACAGUAUGACCUUUUAAAAGCGGACUUGCAAACAGAGUUAGAAAAACUGGCACAAUUUCUUGAUAUCAGCGUCCCACAAGCCGACAUUGAAUGUACCGUCCGUCUACAAGAGGGCAAUUUUCACCGGAAGUCUAACGCCGAGGACCACUUGCGCAUGCUCAGGACUGUUUAUGACGACAAGAAACUUGAACAGCUUCGUACAAUCGCAAGGAAAACAGAAAGCAUUCUGGAAAAACAUUUCAAAAGAAAUUUCUACUUAGGUGGCGACACAGAAUAUGCACUGUUUGGGAAAUAA